AUGUACUCGCCCGUUGCUCAAGAGACGAGGGGACGCUGGCUGCGGCUUGACAGGCGCCGAACAGGUUUGCCUACUUUACGACUUACUUUAGCCCACCAAGUCCAUUCAUGGCAAGCCGGCGGCCGUGGCCUCAGCCUUAUUGAGUAUGACGUUUGGAGGGUGUCACCAUCGAGAUCUCGUUGCAGCAGCCUCGAUCGCAGGCACGCCACUAGGAGGGUAGUGUGUUGGGGCGAGGCCAGGCCGGUGCAAUGCGCGCCCGCUUGGAGGGGGGGAGGACAUGGAUGGGCCCGACAAGGCGAUCCGAGCGUGAACGAGCCAUGCAGUGGCCAGUCGCCGCAUCCACGGCGCCUGUGGGCAGAGCGUGGGAGCGUGGCUGCACCGAAAGAAGCAUGGAAAUCUCCCGCUCGCCCAAUGGGUGCGCCUCGCUGCUCCAUGGCCAAUGAGCGGCCCGCAGGUGAGCAGGAUGACAUGGAGGCCAGCGUCGCCAUGGCAGAUUCCCUGGCAGAGGGCGUGCCAGACGUGUGCCGUUCCCUGGCCGAUGACGAAAGAAUAGGUAGUCGGCGGCAGAAUGGGCCUGCCUACUGCCUACCUGUGCUAUGCGAGCGGCCAAGUGGGCUGUUUCCAAUAGUAAUAGGAAAAUACUUGCUACUCGGCUACUUUACUGACUUACGCCAACUGGGAAAAUACUCGCUAGCACGACUAGGCAGUUGUCCGUGUAGGGAACUGCACUGCACAUCCACAGGCUGCCGUGGGCCAGUUCACGCGUCUUUGGCGACGGCGGUUGCUGGCCUGUUCGGUUUCCGCACGCACAUGCAAGGCCAUGCAGCGGGCAGCUAG